AUGGGCUAUAGCUACCCCGCUAAUUGUUCCGUAAGCUAUCCUCUGCUGAAGCUGUGCGGGUUUGGAUCAGCUGCUGUGGAGGGAGGAGACCAGCAGCAGCAGCAGCAGCAGCAGCAGCAGCACCAACACCAGCAGCAGGAGCAUGGGGUGGGUGUUGCCACGCAGAUGUUGGCAUGGCUGCAGGCUGCAGGGGUGGAAGAGCCGACGUCCGCUGCUGCUGGCUCUGCUGCUGCUGCUCAGGGAGACGACACCGCAGCAGCAGCAGCAGCAGUGACGGCAGUGCAGGCAGCAGCAGCGCAGGCAGAAGAUAUAUGGUCCCUCGGAUACACUGUGAUAGAGCUAGCUACAGGCCAAUCCCCAACCACCCCUGCGGUGGCCCCACACCCUCCGUCCCCUCUCCUCCUCCCUCUCGCCCGCACCACACUCAAGCGCCCCAAGCCUCCCCCUGGCCUUUCCCACGACGGAAAAGACUUCCUUAAGAGGUGCUUCGUUAGAGACCCCACCGCGCGGCCUACAGCGCAGCAGCUGCUGUCGCAUCCGUUUGUAUUGUACCAGCUCGUACCAUCUUCCUCUCCACUCCCACCCCCUCCUCUUCCCCUGCUUCCUCCUCCUUUUCUCCCCACUCCUGCUCCAUUGUACGGGUUUCCUUGCUUCUCGUCCUCCCCAUGGGAGCCUCACCAGCUGCUGCUGCAGCGGAGAAGGCAGGAGCGGACUGAGGAGCAGCAGAGGCACGAGCUAGCUGGAGCGAGCGGGAGAGUGGGCGGGAAAGGUGGGGCUGCUGAGGGGUUGCGUGGGUGUCGGAGUGAGGAGAACGGCCUGAACUCCCUGCCUGUGGGUGCUGCGAAUCUGCCUGGAUUCGCAGCGGCUCUGGCUCUCGGAGCAAGGGCAGGAGUGGGGGCAGGGGCAGGCGCAGGAGCAACGGCAGGAGGAGGGUCUACAGAGGGAUUGGUCUCAGGAGGAGGGGCAGGAGGGUGGGUUACAGGAGGGUUUAAAGGAGGGGCUACAGGGGGUGAAAUCACAGGAGGGGGUUUCUCAGGAGGGUUAGGAGGAGGAAUGGGAGGAAUGGGAGGAAUGGGAGGAAUGGGAGGAAUGGGAGGAAUGGGAGGAAUGGGAGGAAUGGGGCGAACGGCCAGUGGAGGGGGUGUGGGUUCACCCCCCCACGUGGGACUGCUGGCGCCUUUCCCCUCCCGGGGCAAGAGCUCCUUGAGUCACGUUAGCAGUAGCACCACUGGCCGUGGCAGUGGCAGCGGCAGCGGCAGUGGAAGUGGGAGUGGGAGUGGGAAUGAGACUGCUGGUGGUGCGACUGGCCUUGGAAGGAGAAGGGAUAGCGCUGGGAGUCUGGGGGGCAGUGGGGAUCUAAAUAGGGAUGGCAGUGGCAGUGGCAGUGGCGGUGGCAGUGGCGGUGGCAGUGGUAGUGGUAGUUAUGAUGUUGUUGGUGGUAUUGGCAGCAACAGCAGUGCUCGCAGCAGCAUGGUUACAUCUCAAUUAUCCCAGCUGAUGAUGAAACGAGGCAUGGUGCUACGAUCCCCCACGCCCUACUCUCUUGCUCCGGACAGUGCUGACGUGGAUGAUGACCUGGCAGCAGCUGCUGCUGGCGUGGCAGGAAGUAGCCCAAGGGUAGGCACAGGAGGAAUGGGAGAGGAAGGGAGAAGAAGCAGAGAGGAGGAGGAGGAAGCAGGGGAGGAGGAGGCUGAGGAGGUGUGGUUGCAGCAGCUAGGGAGGCAGGGGAUGAAUGGGAGUGCGUUUGGGGUUGCGAGUGGGAGUGGAGGGGGGAGUGGAAGUAUGGAAGGGGGCAGUGGGGGAAGUAGCAGUUGGAGGGAACCCCCUGUGCGUGUGCACUACCUGCACAGCAGCUCUCUGCCUCCGCCGCCACGACAGCAGCAGCAGCAGCAGCAGCAGCAGCAGCAGCAGCAGCAGCAGCAGCAGCAGCAGCAGCAGCAUCAGCAGCAGUUGGAAGGCACAGGGAAGCUUGUUAGCAGCAACAGCUGCAGCGGCAGCGGCAGCGGCAGUGGCAGCGGCAGCGGCAGCGGCUUGGAACCAUCUUCGGAUGAUGAGAGUCCAGGUGCAGAGGAUUCUAGAGGUAUGGUGAUGGGUGGAGAGGAGGUAUGGAGUCGGGACGGGUUGGAGAUGGGUGAGGAUAGUGUUGGGGGAGAGGCGGAUGCAAGGGGUGCGGCGGAUGCAAGGGGUGCGGCGGCGGUUGCGGUGGGUCGAGGGGCACAUGGGGAGUGGAGAGUAGGGGAGAUGGCUUUCUCAGGGCAUCUUGCAGGGGGGUAUAGUUCUGCAGGAGAGAAGGAGGAGGAGGAGGAGGAGGAGGAGGAGGAGGAGGGGGGGGAGGAGGAGGAGGAGGAGGAGGAGGAGGAGGAGGUGGAGGAGGAGGAGGAGGAGGAGGAGGAGGAGGAGGAGGAGGAGGAGGAGGAGGAGGAGGAGGAGGGGGGGGGGGGAGGGGAAGGAGGAGGAAGAGGAGGAAGAGUAGGAGUAGCAGGAAGGCAAUCCGGGCACCAUAGGGUCUCCUCUUGGAGUUCCUUCCCCUCGAGCAUCCCCAUUGAAGGGGAGAGACGUGGAGGGCAGGCAGGAGGGGGCAAUGGUGGUGCUAGUGGUGCUGUGGGUGUGAGUGCUGGCAGGGGUGCACACACAGGACCGAGCAUGGGAAGCAGUAGUGGUGCUGCUGGUGCCACCGCUGGUGCUGCUCCGAUGAUUAAUUACUUUGAUUGUCCUCCUUCUCAGCAGCAGCAGCAGCACCAGCAGCAGCAGCAACAGCAGCAGCAGCAGCGACAGGGGCGGCACAGGCUACUGCAGCAGCACCAGCAGCACCCGUACCAACACCAGCAGUAUCGUUUCUCUCAGCAGCAGCAGCAACAGCAGCAGCAGCAGCAGCAGCAGCAGGUGCUGCAUGGAGGGAAAGGAGGGGGGGUGGUGAUGCCUGCUGGUCGCAACGGGUCCUCUAAGUGUCUCUCGCUUGCUGAUAUUCGCAACUCUGCUUCCUCCAAGGAACGGGCCCUUAGAGGCAGUGAGGGGAGUGGUUCGUCAUGA